GAUAUCUCUCUAGAAAGCAAUAUUCAGAAAAUAGACAUAAUCAUAACCCUUCCAUCAAUUUAUACGAUUGCGCCAUGCCUAUCCCUAGGCAAGUACCAAGUAUGCUUACAUUGCAACGGUCGCAUGUCCGGAGGAAUCCUUCCAACAUAAUAAUAACACCAACGUCCCGUCCCCUCGGCCGUUUAAUCAACGAAAACCUCAUAGCUAGGUCCUAGGAUCUAAUACUUUUCCACCAGCCACCAUGGGAGGGGUCGCGUCUAUACCUACUGAUCCUUCUAAGAAGGUUCAGGUCAUAUCGGCGGGUUACUCGCGAACUGGGACUGUGUCCAUGUCCUUAGCCUUAGAAAAGCUAGUCGAUGGGCCUGUACUCCACGGAGGCACCCAGAUUCUAGUUCGAGACGAUGAUUACUGUUCAACAUGGAUCAAGGCAUACGAGGCAAGGGAAGCCGGCGACAAGGAGCUAACUCUGAAGCUUGUCAGAAAGGCGACCGCCGGUUUCGUGGCAACUGCAGAUCUACCGCCGUCUGACUUUAUGCCUGAGAUGAUGGAACUGUAUCCUGACGCAAAAGUUGUGUUGGUCCGAAGGGAUCCGGAGAAGUGGUGGAACAGCAUCGCAACUCUGACUAGCAGAACUACGCCAUGGUGGCUUGGUGCUGUUCUCGCCCCUAUCCCUGGAUGGAGGUACCUUGCCAAAUUCGCAAGUGUAUACAGUCGUUCAACUUUACGACUUGCCGGCCUGGAUAAUAAGGAUGCUAGCCCAACCGACCUUAUUGAAAAGGGCGGCCCUCACAUCCUUACAGCUCAUAAUGAUAGAGUCAGAUCACUUGUCCCUAAGGAGCAGCUUUUAGAAAUGGACUUGGGUCAGGGUUGGGAGCCACUAUGUGCAUUCUUAGGAGUCCCCAUUCCCGAUGAACCGUUCCCUAGAGCAAAUGAUGCUAAAGCAGCAGAUGAGUACGCUACCAAAGUCCUUCUCGGCGUCUUAAAAGCCUGGGUUGGUAUCUUCUCCACUAUCGGACUUACUGCAUAUUCCGCAAACUGGCUAUGGAAGAAUAAGUUUUCUUGAGAUCGCCUCUGCAGAUACUAUCCCUGGCAUAAGAAUGGUUCUUUUUAGACGCUAUCCUGGGAUUCGAGACAUGUCAAAAUGCAUGAAACUCGAUCUAAGAUCUACUAGUUACUCCAAGGAUUUGUUUAGCGUGGGGUAGUUAAUGCCGACAGUGACAUUGAUUUAUUAUUACGCAAGCGAAAGGCUAGGAAUUGUAUCGGCCUAUGAACUGUAUCAUGUUAGUCGGAAGCUCGUUCGGCGUUUAAAGCAGCUUUUAUACAACGACCUUUACACGUGUAUCCUAGGAAUGUUAAGUAACAUGUAACAUAGGUAGAUUCCGGUCGGUGUACCUAUCUAACUAGAUUGGUCCUUCAAUUGCAUUAUAAUAUGAGUUUUCCGUUUGGGUUGUAAAUAUGAUACACCGGUUUCUAGUAGAUACCUAUGCUUGAAAAUAAUGUAAAUGAGUUCUGUCACAUUAGGUAAAUAAAAACUCUGGCACC